GUUUAUUUAUUUUCGUCUGAAUGCCGGUCAAGUGAAUUGGGAAGCCAAACUUGUUUGACUUUCCAUGGACAUAUUGAUAAAUUUUGAAACUGGUAAAAUUUGAAAUUAAAAAAAAAACAACAUUUCCUUCCAUUUAUAAAAAUUUUUUGAGUUAAAAAAAAUGGCAUCAGUAUCUGCUCGUUUAUCUAUAAUUGGGGAAACUUCAUCAGGAGAACCAGAUCAAGAUGCAAACUCUGCUCUUACUGAACUUGACAAAGGCUUAAGGUCAACUAAAGUUGGAGAACAGUGUGAAGCUAUUGUGCGCUUUCCACGACUCUUUGAAAAAUAUCCAUUCCCAAUCCUAAUAAAUUCUGCAUGCUUAAAAUUAGCUGAAUUAUUUCGAACUGGAACAAAUUUUCAUAGAGUUUUGAUUUUAAAAGUUAUGCAACAAACACAGAAACAUCUCGAUAAGAUACUCAAUCUUGAUGAAUUUGUGCAUCGGUUAUAUGCUGUGAUACACAGUAACGAUCCUGUAGCCAGAGCUCUGACUCUAAGGACCUUGGGUAAUAUUGCUAGUGUUAUUUCUGAGAGGAAAAGCAUACAUCACAGUAUUAGAAAUAGUCUUGAUUCCCACGAUGCAGUUGAGAUGAAAGCUGCAAUAUAUGCAACAGGAAAAUUUGCUGCACAGUCAAAGUCUUUUGCAAUAAAUAUCUGCAGUAAAAUAGGAGAAAUGAUACAAGGCUUAGCCACACCUGUUGAAAUAAAAUUACAACUGCUUUCUAUAUUUCAACAUAUGCAUCACGAUGCCCAAACAAUAGCUCAGGUGUGGAAGCUUUGUACAUCUCUUUUGCCAGAUUAUCCUUCUCAGCAGUUUAUUGUGUGCACCUUACAUACACUUACAGAACUAGCUGCUGCAUCUGUUACGCAUAUUCCAGAACAGGUAGAUUUAUUAAUAUCUUAUCUCAAAGAGGAUGGUCGAAUGUGUGUAAAAAUAAGUGCUUUGAAAGAUAUGGAGAAGUUGGCCAAGAAAGGUGCUCAUUUAUGGAGUUCAGCAAAUGUUAAUGAACUUGUAAAUUAUACAAUUGAAACGCCCUAUAUUAGCCUGAAGUGUGAAAUAUUUUCAGUUAUGGUUGCUCUUGCUCAUUCAGUAUCAGUUGAUAAGUUUGAUCUAAGUGCAGAAUGCAAAGUUCUACAAUUGUGCCAGGAUUGCAUAUUUCAUGAUAAUGUACAACUUGCUGCUAUAUCUGUUGAACUUCUCUCUCAGAUUGCAAUUCAUGUAUUCCAAGAGGAUAUAGUUGUACAAGGAAUUGAUUUAAUGCAAGAAGUAUCUAGUGCAAUUGAAACGUUGCUUUUAGUUAUCUGCACUGCAGAACAAACUAAUGAGAAUUUGAAAUCAUUACUGAAAUGUUUUCAAUGUGCUGUAAAUAUCUGUGAUGUUUGCCCUGAUAUGUGUAUUCAGUUUGUUGAUACAAUUGGUUCACUAAUUGGAAAAACUUCAGAUGUGUGGGUAGUACCUUUAUGCACAGCUCUAUGUGCAUUAGGAAAUAAAAGUGCCGGUAUUGUAGUAUGUUGGCAAACAGAAUUAAUUAUGAAGUUAAGAGAGUUCACAUCUCAAUCUCAUAUUAAUCCUGAAGCUACAAAAGCCAUUGGUAUGGUAUGCACAUUGCUUUUUCAAACAAGUGUCGACAAACCCUGGUUACUUCAGGAGGAUCUGGCUAUCAUGAAUGCUAUAGACUCUGUCGAUUUUUGGUGUUCUUACAAAAUUGGGCGUCAAGCUACGAGAUAUGGGCAUCAUCAGUUUGCAAUAAGAAUAUUUUCAAUGCUUUGUAAUAGGGUUAGCUCCGAGCAUUUAUAUUUUUGGCUAGUAAGUUUAAGUGAGAUCAGUCAAGCUGAAAAUUGUCUAAUGUCUAAAACUGUGAGAAGCAACCAAGAAAUUAUUGAAUCUGUUUCUCAAGCUAUUACACAUUACAUGAAAGCUGUGUCGGCUUUGAAAGCAGCUACAAUACCGCAACAUUCUCUGAUCUUCCAAUGUGAAUAUGCUCGUUUACGAAGUGAAGUUUUAGGGGCACAUUUACAACUCCAAUUGGCUUGUUCAUGCAUUAAAACAUCACCUCCACCAGCCAUAGCUGCAUCUGUGGCAGCAGCAACUCGAGAUGAACUUCAGAAAUGUGGACGUGUUGUGUUACAGAUAAGGAAAUGUGCUAGAGAUUUUAAAUGUUUGGCUGAUCAAUAUGGAGCUCUUUACCAAUCUGUUUUCGAUGCUGAUCCUAAAACACUAACGAAUAUUCAAUUAUUGCACCAAGCAUGCUUAUUAAUUGCUCAGGCAAUUGAUAAAGUGUCUCAACAUAAUCAAGGUAUAAGUGUCGCCACAGGGGAAGAAGAUAUAUUGUCUAUGGAACACUCUAAACAGUCUUUAGAAAACUACCAAAUGGGUGAAGCUUGCCGUAAAGCUUCUACUCUCAUUAGAGAUUUCACAAUUAACUAUGAUGAAAGAGUUGUUUCUAGACAAGAGACAGACUUUUUGACAAAAAUCAGUAAUGAAAUAUUCCUUAUUCCAUUGUGUUUGCCAAGAUUUUUUUUCCAGGCUCUUCAGUCUACUAGCAUAAAGUUGGCAAUCUCACCGCAGCCAAAAACAUCUGGAGAACCUAUUAUAAUACAGAAUACUUCCCAAUUGUCAAUAAAAGUGGAAGGUGUAGUUCAGCAUGGAUCUAGACCAGGAUUAUACAGAAAAGUGGAUAAAAUCCUGAUCACAGUUACGAGUCAACAAACUCGCACACCUCAACAAGAUAAUAAGUCUUUUCCAGAUAGUUUCCCAACAACAAGUCUUUCACAAAAUGUCACUCCUCAUUACGAUUAUUUUCAUGCCCAGUUUUUGCUCGGCUUUCCUGUUGCUGGUCUUCAUUCAAUUACUAUAGAAGCUGCAGUAAUUGAUGACAAAGAAUCAUUAUGGAAAACAGGACCAAAAAUGUCCCUUACUGUAAAAUCUUAUGAUGACAGUAACAACCAAAAGCCAGUUGCACGACCCACAUACCCAGCAAGAUUUCAGACGUGAGAAUUUACUCUCAAUGAAGUCCAUUUUAAGACAAUUUUACAUACCUUUCAACCAUGUAUACAUU